UAUCCCCACCCCCGCCUCCGUCUGUUUCUGCUGCUGCUGCUGCUGGUGUUGCCAUGAUGAUGAUGAUGGUGACAGCCCCCCUCCUCACACACACACGCAGACAGAGGCAGAAAAGGAUGGCUUGAGGCUGGAAAACGCACACAUGCUGUUCGGCCGUGCGUCCGUCGCACUGGAACCUGCCUCAUGGACUGAGGGCGGUGCGGAGAGCAUCGCAGCAGAGACGUCCCUCGACCGUCUCGCCGCCCAAGCUGAUGGCGGGGCAUCAACACUCUCCAGACAGCAGCAGUGAGGAGUGCACCGUGCUCGAGGCUCCGCCCACUAAAGACACUUGCCCGCAGCAUGGUGGCAAGGUGUCCGAGUACUGCCGGGCGUGCACACGUGCGCUGUGUGGCGAGUGCGUGCCUGAGCACAGCGAGCACCCCAGGGUGCCUUUAAGCGAGGCCUUGGAGCAGCACCGAUGCACCUUGGAGGCAGGGAUGAGGGCGGCUCAUGACAGACUACCGCAGAUUUCCGCCGCUGCCGCGGUGGUGGGAGAGAUGGUCCAGCAGUUGACCAAUCAGAGAACGGCCAUCGAGGAGGACAUCCAGUCUAGCUUCGAGGAUCUUCACAAGCAGCUUGACGUGAGGAAGAGCGUUCUUCUCAUGGAGCUGGAGGUCACAUUUGGCCUCAAGCACAAGGUGCUCCAGUCUCAGCUUGAGAGCCUCCUGCAGGGAGAGGCCACCGUGUCGUCUGCUUGCACUCGCGCAGAGGAAGUCUUAGCGACGGAGGCGUGUGCGAGUGACUUGGAAGUGGAGGUGGACCUCAAGGAGAGGCUGGAGGAGCUGGCCGGACGAGGCGUGUCGUGCCAGCCGGAGGAGAACGACCAGCUGGACCUGGUCCUGGAGACGGAUGGACUGCGCAAAUGGAUCCACAAUCUGGGCACCAUUGUGACCACCAGUGCCGUGGCGAGCCAGAGCGAGGCUAUGGGCACCGGACUGGAACAGUGCAUCGUGGGACUCCCUUCCUCCGUCACCAUAGUAACCAGAGACAAAUCCGGAGGGGCUUGCAAGGGCGGCAAUGCCAUCUUGUCAGCUGAGGUGUUCACGCCGGACGGCAGCAUCGUGGACGGCGAGAUCGUAGACCACAAGAACGGAACGUACGAAUUUGUUUACGUGCUGCCCAAAGAGGGCGACUUUUCACUGGCGCUGCGUCUGUACGACCAACACAUUAAGGGAAGUCCCUUCAAGCUGAACGUUGGCACGUCUCAGGUGUCGCCCUCCACCACCACGCCGUCCAACUCCGCGGCCAACGCCACGCCGUCCACAGGUUCCUCAGAGGGCGCCAAGAGACGUGGAAAGUCCCCCGGCCAGAAGAAGAAAGGCUCCAAGAGGGCCAGCAGCGCCCUGGGAACACCACGCCGCAAAACCCAGAACCCCAUCGAGGACGACCUCAUCUUUCGGAUCGGAACCAAGGGACGGAACAAAGGGGAGUUUACCAACCUUCAAGGGGUCGCCGCAGCUGCCAGCGGGAACAUCUUGAUCGCUGACAGCAACAACCAGUGUGUGCAGGUGUUCUCCAGCCAGGGAGAGUUCAAGAGUCGAUUUGGGGUCCGCGGACGGUCGCCGGGGCAACUGCAGCGACCCACGGGUGUGGCGGUGCACGCCAGCGGUGACAUCAUCAUCGCCGACUAUGACAACAAGUGGGUCAGCAUCUUCUCCAGCGAUGGCAAGUUCAAGGCCAAGCUGGGCUCGGGCAGGCUGAUGGGACCCAAAGGUGUGUCGGUGGACAAUGAGGGUCACGUGAUUGUGGUGGACAACAAAGCGUGCACGGUCUUCAUCUUCCAGCUGAGCGGGAAGCUCGUCACCAAAUUCGGGAGCCGCGGGAAUGGCGCCAAACAGUUUGCAGGUCCGCACUUCGCCGCCGUCAACAAGAACAAUGAGAUCAUCGUGACCGACUUCCACAACCACUCCGUCAAGGUAUUCACGCCCGAAGGAGAGCUGCUCCUCAAGUUCGGCUCCAACGGCGAAGGCAACGGACAGUUCAACGCCCCCACCGGCGUGGCUGUGGACACCAACGGGAAUAUCAUUGUGGCUGACUGGGGCAACAGUAGAAUACAGGUGUUUGACGGUAGCGGUUCUUUCCUGUCCUACAUCAACACGUCGGCCGACCCCCUGUAUGGGCCGCAGGGAUUGGCCCUGACCCAGGAUGGACACGUGGUGGUGGCUGACUCAGGAAACCACUGCUUCAAAGUUUACCGCUAUCUACAAUGAUGGCAAGACAGAGGAAGAUCCAGCAGGCGGCGGCUGCCAUUUUCAUUCCGUUGAGGUCAAUAUUCGUUUAACAUCCUUGGAUGGACAGCCAAGAUGGCGGACGUGAGUGAUGUCCUCUGAUCGAUUCGAUGUCAUUUUGUGAUCGUUCAAUUUGGGUAUGUAUUCCACCUCCCGGCCUCCAGGAGGUAGUUAAGUGCUAAUUUUCUUAGCAUGGAUGGCUAACAGGCAAAGCUAGCAGUCAGCAGUGUUGUGACUCGCAGUGCAGGCCCCCUCCCUUACCGGGACAACACGGUGACCAAUCAUCCCUUUAAAGUGACCAGUUCAAAUUUGACACUUUUGCGUGACCGAAGGAAUGAAUCCGUGUGCGUGCUCACCAGCGGCGAGAAAAACUGAGUGGGCGGAGUCGGCGAAUGACAUCAAACUUGAUUAGCAAAUUCAUGAAUUCAUUUCAUGGCAUUCUUACUUUUGAUUGUGUUCCAUUGUGUGCAUUGAAAUUCUUAAGUGCCAAAGCGUUAUGUUCACCUCUCAAUAGGUUCGACUUACAAAAAGUUGCGGGGGUUGACCUUUUUGUCUGACGUUUCAGGAGGAACCUAAAAUGCGCCACCACCGAUGGUGUAUGUUUUCUUUCCAUCUUUGAAAAGCUUAUAGUGCAUUUUAAGUUCACCCUAAAAUUGCGACCGAAAGCCCAGCACCCAUAACUCUUUGUGAGUCGCAAAUUUUCUUUGAUAUUCAGUACUCAAUAGUCAAAAUGUGACGCUAACAAGCCAGCACACACCACUAGCUCAGUGCUUAUGCUUGUUUUUAACUAUUUCCCCACCAAGAUUGUCAUUAGCAUAGUUUAUUAGCAUGUUCCCCAACCGCGGCUAAUGUUCUACGUUUGGUGGCACUAACAAAGCUGACAUUAUGAUUUUAUUAGCAUGUGGGCCAAUUCGGCUAAUGUUAUUAGCAUGUUGACAGCGUGGCUAACACUUUUUUUUUUUUAAAGAAAAAAUAUAUAUCAGCAUGCUUAAAGAACGUAAUAAUGCGACCGCAACUAGUUUCUACAUUACACGUGGCGUCAAAUUUUAUUGAUUAGUUUUUGUGGUACACAUAAUGCAUUAAUCCCCUGCUAUUCAGGAAUAGCGAGCAGCCUAAUGGAUGCCCAACACAAAUAUUUAUGGUUGCUUAUAUUAAUAGUUUAAACCUUAAAUAUAGCUUACCACAAACUAUAUAAAAAAAAAAGAAAAUACUCAUCGUACAAUAUUAUCUUUAAAAAUAAAUACUAUAUUCAAGAGUAUUUGAUCUCAGUAUAGGAAAAAUUGCAAAUAAUACCAGCCAAUGUGAAUCUGUCAAGAUACAAAGAUGAUAAAGAGUCUAAAUCUGUCAGAGGUAAAUUCCUGAAUGGUGAAUAUUCAGGGGAUUUCUGUAAAUUGGUUGCAUCAUAUUUCCAUAAAGAACCAGCCUAGUCGACCAAAGAUUGAUGGGGAAAAAGUUAACAAACCAGCUAGUUAUGCUAUCAGCGCUAACAGUCAAAUAACGACCAAUGAGGGAUGUUUGUGUGCUAUUGAUUGUUAAUCAGUUGUGAAUGUUUCCUGCAUGUCCAUUAAAUAACCAAUAAAUGACUUUCUUCAUCCA